UUGCAUCAUUCCACGAGUAACUUACGCAAAUUUGAAUAACUAAUCAGUUAUUGUGACUGUUUACCGUAACCAGGAAGUGAAAGAGUGUAAUGGACUGUUCGUUUCGUUGAGAUUUUUGUGUCCGGUAAAACCCACGAGAUGCCACUGUUGCAGGAAAACACGAAAAGAGAAAUUCUAAACCCAAGAGACAUCAAACUGGAAGCCGAUGACCAAACGACCCUGAACGGAUCGUACUCUCCAGUCGGCUACCCAUCGCCGUUCUCAAACCCGGCCAUGUUCACCCCUUCGCAACUACUGAUGGCCACCCAGUUCAUGGCGGCCUCCGGACUUGCCCUCCCGACCUCCCCGGCCGCGUUCUUCCACCCAAGUUUACUGACACCCCUAAACUGGCCUCCGGCCUCACCGCCCUCACCUCCCAACAGCCAGUCGAUGUCACCGGCCCCCAAGGUGAGGAAGCUGCAGAUCAACAACAAUAACAACAUUGUCACCAGCAGCACGAAUGAGCUGAAGGCUGUAGGGAAGAAGAGGUGGAAGGAGGAAAGGGAGGUCAUAUCGCCUACCUCCAGCUCGUCUCCUCCUUCGAGUACUGAUAUAAGUACCAAGGAGAUCAACAGGGACAAGCAGUUUACCUGCACCAUCUGCAACAGGUCGUUUGGUUACAAACACGUGUUGCAGAACCACGAGCGUACCCAUACUGGUGAGAAGCCUUUCGAAUGUCCUGAGUGUCAUAAGAGAUUCACCAGAGACCAUCAUUUGAAGACUCACAUGAGGCUGCAUACCGGAGAAAGACCCUACCACUGCGAGCACUGCGAUAGGCAGUUUGUGCAGGUUGCCAACUUGAGGAGACAUCUCAGGGUGCAUACGGGAGAAAGACCCUACGCUUGUGAGUACUGCACUGCCAAAUUCUCUGAUUCCAACCAGCUGAAGGCGCACUUGCUCAUCCACACCAAUGAGAAACCUUUCGACUGCGAUAGAUGCCACAGCAGGUUCCGAAGGAGGCAUCAUCUGCUCCACCACAAAUGCGGAGUCGACAAGGAGAUCAAGGUGGAAGUAGACGAAAUCGAGGAGAUUGUCAAGAAGCAGAGGAUCUCACCACCAGCACCCAUGAUUGUACAAACACCUCCAACAGUAUCACCUAAGACCCCCAUAUCAUUCUCCUCCUCCCUGCCUGAGCAGACAGAACCUGAAGACUUGUCGAUGAGCACCGGCAUGCAUUCCCCCCUCUCCAAGUCCCCUUGUUCUUGGGGGGGAUCGGAGGCAGAUAAAGACAGUUAUCACGAAGAUUUCCAACCCAUAGAUCUUCGAGGUAAAUCCAGUUCUUAGUGAUGUAUAUUGGUUAUUUUAGGUAAUCGUCGAAUCUAAAUUUAGGAAUUUAGGUUUUGUACAUUUUUUUUUGUAGCGCGUUCCAAAGUUUAGAUUCGAAUCCAUGAUUGUUCUGUUUUAAUGUUGGAAAUUACUUUGUCGUCUUUGUUGAUCGUUACACAUCUCACGGAUGUUUGGUAUGCAAGUUCCUGGACCAAUAGUUUUUAAUUUGAAGAUUUCAAGAUGUAAUAUAAAAUAGGAGAAUCGACGUGAUUUUUCUCUUCUGGUGUUUAGUUCCUGGCUGAAAUCAGAAACAAGGUUUUCGUUCUAGUUUUAAGUCGUUAGAUGUGAUGUAUAUUUAAGUUUUAUUACCACAGAAGCACGGCUAAAAAUCUAAAAAUUAAAAUUUUAUUUUUAUAUUAUUUUUGUACAUAUGUAAAUUGUCUAUAGUAAGUUUAGUUUUAAGUUUUGUUUUUAUUUGUUCUCGGAACGAACAACUGGUCAUUUGAAAUUUGUUUUUGAUCUUAAUUUCGUUCAGGGUGAACGAUUGAUUCAAUAUUCUU